AUGGCGGCAAGUCCAGGGGCAGAAGAAGAUUCUGUUUAUGACACGGGAAGAUUGUCUUUAUUUGAUAUUAUUCUGGAAAAAACCCGUGCUCAAAACAAGGUAAAGAAAACCUCUUCUCAUUUUUGCAUUUUAAUUUCUUUUUGUCGAAAAAUUACCAUGAAUUAUCCCUCUAAAACUCAUUUGAUAUGCAAGUGUUUACAAGUUGAAACUGUUAAUAUGAAGGUUGAACGAUGCUUUAUAAGCUUAUAUCUUCAUUUGAUUGCAGAAACAACUUGUCCAUCGUCUAGUUUAUGUAUCCAAAAUUCGUCAGGAUGUAAAUGAUCGGAAAGAAAUUGGAGGUAGGUUGCUUCUUACUUUGUAAUGUUAUUGUUUAAAUUGUAAACGGCACAGUAAAGAAAUAAACAAACAGGGCAAAUUAUUGCCCCAUUUGUUACAUUUUUACCUUGCGCCUAAUCAUUUUAAGACAUAAUCAACUCUAUCUUCCAUCCAUGGACCUUUCCUUAAACACAGUAGGUGUUAUACCAACGUGUUUAUGUUUUUAUUGUAUAGAGAGUUUUUUAGUUUAAAACAGACCACUCAUUAAGUUCAUAGGAAACUACAUCCGAGACUUAAGUAGCGUAUUUUCCAUAUCUACGUAUCUGAAGCUGACAUAAAAUUAAUCUUCCUCUGAGGAGCAAGAGAAUGUUGAUACGAAGAAGAAAUCUUUGUUUGACUUUAAAUUAUUCAAGGAUCUCCUUACAAAUGAAGACAAAAGGAGAAAACUUCAAGAAAUUCCUGUCACCAGACUACAGCAGUUCACAAUAAAGUUUGCGCUGUUUUUAUAACAAACACACAAUAACAAUAUUUUACUCACUCUCUGCGCUCGUUCGUAUACUAUUGUUCUCACCACUCAAAAAUAAAAUUCAUAUCUUCACACAGCUUUGUAAUAUCCUCUACAUAUAUAAAUACAUUCAACCAGUUUGGUAAUGAAGUUAGCAGAGUACUGAAAAGGGUAACCUGUAGACAACAUGUGACUGCCAUGCAAAUAUGUUGUAUGGUGUGUAAAUUGUCCCAUCACAGUCUCUAUCUAGAUAUAAUUUAGUCAAAGUUAAGUUUCCUUAUGUGGUCACCCUCAGGAAGCAGAAAAGGUGAUCUGCAACUGAAGUUGGCUGCUUACACCACCGUAUUUCUUGCAUUGCGGAGAGUUCAAAUGCAAUUUUGUCAAUGCUGCCUAAGUAGCACUGCCCCCCUUGCAGGAGUGUCUACUAAGAGAGUUUUUUGUCUGUAAAAUACUGCAUCAAUUUCAUCUUAACUGGUGUGACAUCCACAUAAUGAUAAAAAAAUCCUUCUAAGCUGAAAACUGACAUACCGUAAUCAUAGUCCAUAAUCUUCUUGACCUCUAGAAGCAAAUACUGUUAUCAAGCAGGCUCUCUUGACCUUUAAAGGGAAAGUGGGUGUUGUUGAGAAACUACUCUCGAUGUUUUUGGAUUUGUUGGUGUGUGGUUAACUCUUGGGGAUUUUUAAUAUUAUUUCAGCUCACUAUGAAAGGUUAUUCAAGGACUUACAAACACAAAUCCAUGGUGAAGCAGUCACAGGACUCCUUCUUAUUUACCCAGUUCACAUAAUUCAUGUCAUAGAGGUAAGAGAAAAUAUCUUUUGCAAAAUUGUGUGUUCCACGCAUACGGUACUUUUAUUUACUCAUUUAUGUCAGUCAUGUAUACAUUUUAUUCACACUCUUUAACAUUUGCUCAUGCAUUAUAUUCCUGACAUUCAAUAACCUGUAUUCACUUUCCUCUUUUCAAUCUUCAAAAUAAUAAGUAACUUGAAAACUUUUCUUUAAAGCAUGAAAGUGACAGCUCAAAUUGAACCGUGAAAUAUUUCACGGAAAUAUUUUAUUGUAUGAGCUGUGUGACAGGUCCAUGUUUUAAAUUUAUUAGGAAUACAUGGCAACAUUGAGGAAUAUAUUUCUGACCAUUGUGUAUUAUUGUUCUUUUACGUGUGAAAGGCAACUUUAUACUUUUUUGGUGCCCUUGCAUUGGACAUUAAGCUUAAAAUAUAUACUCAAACUGAUGUUUUUGACUAUACUACUGAAUAUUCAACCCAGUUUUGUUUUGUUUUGUUGUUUUUUGUAAAUUUCCAGAAAUAAGCAAGCCAAGGGGGGCAAUGUGUACAGUGCCAAUACUGUAACAAUAUAACAAUACUAUAACAGUUUAUGAUCAGUUUCGGCAAAGUUUUCGCAUUGUUACCAAAAUUUAUAACACCAAAGCACUAUCUGAAUGUUAUCUAUUGUUCUGUAGACUUCUUAUAACAUGCUUCUCAAAGUUGUAAAGGACUUGGUAGAAGAUGAACAAAGUAUAAGGUAAAAACAACUGUAAUUGAUGCAACCUAGUAACACAAAGACUGGAAUCAUACCUCUAGGGCGUGGUUGUCUUACACCCCCCUGUAAUGUUGGCUCCCAUCCUUUUUGUUCCCACUGACCAUUCUUAUCAUGGGGUGACAACCUCAUCAGCACCUUAAGUACAUUUGGUUUUUUUGCCCCUAAUUAAACUUGCUGUAAUAAUAAACAAAUUAUUUGUUUAUAUUUUUGGAGGUUAAUGAACAUCUUAAAUAUAUUCAGUUUUGUUUCACAGAGAAAAAACAUUUUUAAGUAUGCUCCACCUUAAAAGGUUAUUCCAUUGUAAGAGGUAUUAUAUUUUGUUUACAAUAAAAUGCAAAAAUUCCUAUAAAAAGGCCUAACUAUCAUAAAUAUUUUUUGGCAGUGGUAUGCUACUAAACACCAAAAUUCUUGUGUGCACUGGUGAUGUAUCCUUUUUACUGCUGUUUGUACUACCAAGAAGACCAUAGAGAUUAAUACUGUAACCCAUUUACUCUCGGAUAUUUUACCAAAAAUUGCCUUUUGAUGCCAGUCUAGCUGUUUUCUGGUCACUGUCUGGCUACAAUGAGCAAAAACUGGUAUUUAUAAGUCAAACACUUUGGGGACUUCUGUUCCACAUCAAUGCAAAAUAAAUAUUAGCUAUUCUGAAGUUUCAGCAUGUGCAGAAGCAUAAGUGGUCAGAUUCAUUGCAUAUUUAGGUGGGAUAUUGUAACAACUGAAUUUCACUUACCAGUGACAUGAAGAGAAACAUCAUAAUUUUUGUAAAACAAUGUACUCCAAAAUACCUUAACUGUAGCAAGCUCAAUAACCGUUUAUUUGGCCAGUGGAGUUUUAGAACUCUUAAUCUUGCUGCUCCAAGAAUACAAGAGUUUACAACAAAUGAACCUAUAGAUGUUGUGGUAAGUCUUUUUAUAAGUACAGUGGCAUUUGGUACUCACUGACAGUUGCUCAGUUACACUCUAUUGAGUAGGCAUACUAUAUUGUAAAUAAUACAGUGCAACUGCUUGUUCAGACACCUUUCUUUUACAGACACUCUCCAAACAUAAACACCUCCCUAUUAUAGGCAGUUCUCUUGCUCCCAAUAAUACUAAACUUCAUACAAUUGCUACCCCUCUAAUAUUCAGACACCUCAGUGAUGCAGACACUUGGCUCUUUCCCUUUUGUGUAGAUGUACUAGGGCGUUUUUUUUCAAAGUUUUAACUGUCUGAAUGCUAUAUAGCCGUCCAUGAGUUGCAGGCAAUGAAUGAAGUAGUCUGUUUUAUGCUUAAUUCAUGGACAUGCAAAAAAAUUUAUCUGAAAAUUAAGGAAAUCCUCCUCUGGAAGCAGGUUUAACCCCUCAUAUAUACUAAAUAAAUGUUCUAGACUUCUCUAACAAUCGUUUUAGUUUUAGACCUUUUCCAUACAAUUUGACUUCAGAACAGUUUACACGGUAAUCCUCAGUCAUAACAUUGAACCCAAUCGUCUUUAAUUUCCUUGAAAUGUAAGUCAGAACCAGCUUGAUACAUGUAUAUUGUGUGUGUUCUUUUUUCCAAACAGUUUUGUGUUUGAUGUCUUGACCACAAGUCAUACGACAAGUGUGGCUGCUAUGGUUUUUCACUUUGAUCACCAGAAAGCUACCCAAACUUACUCCAGCUUUAUUUACAUUAUCUACUAAACUAUACUUUACACUGCAGUGGCGGAUCCAGGGGAUGGGCCUGGGGGCCCGGGUCACCCCUUAUUUUUAGAGCAAACUGAGGCCCAAAGGGCCGAAAACAUUUUUUUCGGGGAACUGCGCACCCCCUACUCCCCAUCAUCUCUAAGGUCUGGAGCUGGCACUGUACUGCCCACGCUGAUUAUGUCAUCUGCAAUCUACUACCUGUAACUUCAAGUAAUAUGUUUCAUGAGAAAGACUUAUUGUUUAGAGUCUCUGUAAUCGUGUUGUUUGUCAAGAAUGUUUCCAAUUUGUUCCAGGUUACAGAAGCCCUUUCACUUGUCAUUAAGUUAGCAGAAUAUUUGGCAAAGCUUCCAAAGGUUAGUGUUGACCUGACAAUAAGACAGACAGUUCAUAACAAAUUACACGGAAUUGAAUAGUUUUCUUGAUUUUUAUUAGAUAAAAUCUGAUAUGAUACUGAAGCAAAGGUCAAAUAUCAGGCUAUACCCUGCAUCCAAUUUGACAACUUACUUUCAACAAAUUUAUUGACUUGUUUUUUCUUACAGAUCAGUUUGACAAACACCAUGGAUCAAUUACCAGAAAAAGUACCUGAUCUUUUAGUAAGACAAGGUAUUGUAAUUUUAGUUAAACGCUUAGAAUGGGGGUAAUAUGCAGCAUUAUAAGGAUGGAAUAGCUCACAGUUCAUCCAAUUUUUUUCCAUAGAGACAAGAGUUUACAAUGCAUUGCUAUUUCCAAUUCUAGCAAUUGGUUCUUUCUGAUUGUUUGAUUGAUUAAGCACGAUUUCCCGAAUAUACACCAAAAAGGUCGGCAGCCUUGCAAAUAUUACAAUCUUAGUAUUAUUAUUAUAAUGGAGUCGAUUCUCUCCCCCACCCCCACCCCCUCCUCCUACCUGCUCCCCAACCUGCCUCACUUUUUAGUCUUAGAUUUCUCUUUUUUCAUUAAUCACAUUUUUUUAACAUUGGAAACCAUUAAUCCGUCUAUGGAUCGAGGUUGUGCUCUUGCCGCAAUUGUCGGUAACCUCUUUGGAAUUUCUGAUCCACCCCAUUUUGGUGGUUGGUACAAGUAGCAAAGUUUCUUGCAAUAGUGGUAGGAAAACCUAUUGCAUUAUAAUUUGCUCCUUAAAGCACUGAAAACAUAGCAAAGACACCAUACCAGCAGUUGUUAAAGCCAUCCACUUUUUAGAGGCGGCCAGACUUGCUACAAGUCGACCUCUUGGCGAGCGGAGCGUGCUUUUUUUGUUCGCGAAGCGGCCGACCGCGAGCGACGAAGUCAUAUGAAAUCCGACGAAGGACUUUUUUGAAAGUCUAAGAGGCAGCCUGCUCUAGCCAAUUUGGGAAAUCUUUAGUACAUUUAAGAAAAAGUAACGGGCCUAAAAUGGAACCUUGAGGGACUCCACAAGUGAUUUGUUUUCUUACCGAAAAUGGCAGUUGACCAUGUUCUUCUGGCUUCGAUUGCUUAAAUACGACUCAAACUACUUUAAAGAGUGGUUUUCCGUUUGAGUCCACCAUGUCGUACAUGUAACGAACACUUUUUCUGUACUUUAACUCCGCACAGAUUUAAUCGAAUACGUUUUGAACUCUCAAGACCUUAACACACCGUCAGGAUACCUUAAAAGAUAUACAACACCAAUAGACAUUGUCUUGGACAGUGGUAUGAGGAUUUUUGAUUUUCUAUUAAUUUAACUUAAUGUCCUUAAGGUACGUUGGGAUUACGGCAUGAUGCUUUGGUGUCGGACGCAGUCCGCCAAAUCGUCGGCCGAACGCCAUCCGACGAAGCUUUUCGCGCGGGUCCUUAGAAAGACUUGACUGAAACCGGGCUAAGUUGGGAACAACCUAGAGAUAGUGAAGUGGUUGAGCCACGAACCUGAAGGUCAUUAAGAACUUUGAAGAACUAAAAUAGCUAGUCACUUUCCCCGAAUAGUCGAUGUGAUAGGUUGUCGUUUCAGAUAUUGUGCUUUUGAAGUGGGUUUUUGAUUCCUCUGUGUGUGCCUUUCCCUUAUCUCUUUUCACGCUUAACUUCCCCUCCCUCCCCUCCCCCCUUUUUUGCGACUGCCACGCAGGCUACACUCUGUGCUUUCUUGAAAUUGUUGUAGGCAACUGCACACGCUGGUCACGUGUGACUUUAUUAAACGAAGAAGUGUAGAAGUCAUGAACAUGAUGCAAGGGGAGUGGAGGGAAGGGGGGAGCACGAAAGGGGAAAUUCCGCCCUUUUUUUCUUUUUUUCCCACCACUUUUGAUGCCUGUCUCACCGGCUAAUUGUCUCCUAACGAAAAGCGGGGACCGCACAACAAUUUUUUAUUAAAGCGUGUGGGGUGGGGUGGGGUGGUGUGGGGGCCACAGUUUUCCUCUUCCUUCCCUCCAAACAAUGUUACUCUUGUUUGAUGGAAAAAAUGUUCUCCCUGUUACCUUAUUGCAUCGUAGUAACUUAUUGAUAUAAAUUGAUUUAUUGUAAGAGCUAACUCAAGGUUGUUUUUACUAUAUUUUCUUUUUUAACAGAACUGGCCUGGCCAAUGCAGACAAAGCUUUUUCCUUUAAGUUAGAAUGGACCUCCUUUGAGGAUUGUUCAUACUUGGUAAUACUUGUAUGUUGUAAAUUGGUUAAAAGUCCGUGUUUUUUGUUUAGAAAUCACAGUUUUAUUUUACUUGAGUCUCGUCAUUUAAAUGAUAAGAAGAUGGAACAAACCGGUAGGCUUUUUCGUUACCAUUUGAGCGCGAA